AUGAUAUGUGGGAUUUUAUAUUGGUGUUUUUAUUUAUUCGAUGCACACCAAGAGACAAAGUUUCCUUAUAGCAACAAGGAAAAUUUUAACUUGGAAUAUUUUAACAAAGAAUUUUUUGUUAUUAUCUACAUUUAAUUUAAACAAUUUAUAUAUGAAAUUCUAACAAUCGUGAUUUAUAUAUGUAAAUAAUUUAAAUAAAUAUACGUAGUUGCUAUCAGAAUAUCGACUUUUCUCUCGUAUACGAUAAAUCUAAUUAAUGAUGGGUUUUUACGUUCGAUAAUAAAUGAUUACGGAUAUCAGAUAAUACAUCUAACAUAUCUAAUCAUAUUUCCGUAUGUAUUAACAUGUUUAAAAAGCUAGACACGAUAAUUUGUUGCAAUACAUUAAAAUAAGACAGAAUGCAUUGCAUGUGUUACAAUAUCAUGUUUUGCAACAUCAAUGGUUUUAUGUGUGCGUGUACUUGAAGAAACCUUCGAAUAGUUUCACUAUACUUCUCUUUAUGACAAAAAGUCCAUUUUAAAGUUACAAUUCAUUUAAUGACUAAUCUAUAAAUGUUUAAGUAACAUUGACGAAUAGUUGCGGUGAAUAAUAGCAGAACGACUUGACAGUAUGCGCUUAUUCAUUGCGAAACAAUGUACGAAACUAUCGUUUAACUCAAUAUUUCACGUUAGUGGGAAAAUAAAUAACGGAAGAAUGUCAGAAUUACAGAAAAGGAAAAUUCACAUUUGUAGUAAACCAGAGAAGUAUGACUAUGUUGAAGAUGUGGUGUGUAAUAAAACGGAUAUCAAAGAAAAUGAAAUGAAACUAUUGCCACUUGGAGAAAGUGGGGCAAAAGUCUUGUUGAUUAAACAAAAGGGGGAAUUACAUGCUAUUGGUACAAAAUGUACGCAUUACGGAGCAUUACUUCAUACAGGAGCGCUAGGAGAUGGAAGAAUAAGGUGUCCAUGGCAUGGUGCAUGUUUUAACAUCAAAACAGGAGAUAUAGAAGAUUACCCAGGAUUGGAUUCUUUACCAUGUUACCAAGUAAACGUGGAUGAUAGUGGUCUUGUACGUGUGAAAGCAAGGCGUAAGGAUUUAGAAUUCAAUAGAAGGGUCAAGAAGAUGUGUGAACAAGAUCCCAAUAAUAAUACUACCGUCGUAAUAGUUGGAGGUGGUCCAGCAGCUGCAAUUUGUGCAGAAAGCUUGCGACAGGAAGCCUUUACAGGAAAUAUUAUUAUGGUCUGUAAGGAGAACACAGUGCCAUAUGAUAGGGUAAAGGUAUCCAAAACAUUUGAUAUAGACAUUGAAAAAGCAGUUUUGAGACCACUUUCGUUUUACAAAGAGCAUAAAAUUGAAACCAAACUGGGUGUAGAAGCUACAGGAUUAAAUACAAAUGACAAUGUUGUUCAUUUAAGUAAUAACGAAAGAUUAACGUACAAUUAUCUAUUUAUUUGUACCGGAAGUAUGGCCAGAAAACCUGAUAUACCUAUUAAUUUAUCUAACAUUUAUGUAUUAAGAAACUACACAGACUCUCAUGCUAUAUCCUCCAAAUUAUCAUCAGACAAACAUAUUGUAAUACUCGGAUUAGGUUUCAUUGGUAUGGAAGCUGCUGCUUAUUGUAUAAAUAAAUGUGCAUCUGUCACCAUCAUAGGAAGGUCUACAGUUCCAUUACAAACAGUUUUUGGUACAGAAAUUGGUAACAGAAUCAAACGCCAGUUUGAAGAACAAGGUGUUAAAUUUAUAUUUGAACGUAAUAUCACACAGUUUGUUGCAAAAGAUGAUGAUAAGAAUGCUGUAGGUACAGUUGUACUUACCAAUGGUGAAGCCCUUCCUGCUGAUAUAGUGAUCAUUGGAAUUGGAUCUAAAUUAUAUACAGAUUGGAUAAAGGAUACUCCUAUUAAAAUGUUACAAGAUGGCAGUAUCGUAGUGGAUAAGUACUUGAAAACUUUCCUCGGUUACAGACGAGCUAAAGUACCCUUAACGUUACCAACGAUAAUAAAAAUGUGUUUAAAAAUAAAGAUCACCAUACAACGAUACAAUACGCUAUUCGCUACAAUAACGUGGACAAUGUUAAAUUACAGGUGAACGUAGAAAUAACGUACAAAAAGGAUUUCUCGAAUCGUGUAAAUAGUCUCUAAAUCAGUAGGACACAUAUUUAAAUCGCGUUAAUAAUACCUAUUGGUUUUUAUCAAAAAUUCAGGGAUCGAGAUACAAAGAAAGUCUUUUCCUUUUACGAAUCGAAAAUAAAAAACGUUUUCUCGUUCGUUUCGUAAUUUCCGUGCAACUUUCGUGGAUCGAGGAUUGACUAGUAAUAUUCUUGCUUUCGCCUUUUCUCCUCCUCUUUUUUUUUUUAUCAUUUUUCUCUUCGUUUUUUUUUUUUUUUUUUUGGUUACUUUUUCGUUUUUUUUUUUUGUUCCUCUUUUUCUUCGAUAUUUUUCCUAAGAAAACCUCCGUCGAUAUACAAGACGCGACCCUCGACGAUUUAUUUACAAAACGCGACAAAGAUUUAUUUAUUGCGACGCUAUCGUGUCGUAUUCCGAUGCAGCGAAAUAUGAAAGAGCAUACAUUAUUAAAAAUAGAAAUGCAGUGUAAGAAGGGGUAAAAUCGCGUCUUGCAUCACGACAGACGUUGAGUGACAUUUUUUUUUUUUUUUUUUUUGUUAUUCGUUCGUACGCCGUUUUUACCCAGAGGUGGGCAGAAAAUACUACCACUGGUAUAUAUAAAAAAAUAAAGAUGAUCGAUUAAAACGAGCUCCGCAAAAAAUUGCUUUAAUAAAAAAUUAUAUCUUUCGAGAGUAUGAAAACCUCGCAGUUUGGUAACUUCAAGUUAAGACUUAAGUUGCACUUGUAAGUUUCCUCUAAUUUCAUUCGUAUCCUCGGCAUCGAUUAUAUUACAAAAUUAUAUAGAAAUUUGCGUUUUCAUCGUUUUAUACGCUAGGAAAUAAGGGUCUAUCUUAAGUAAACAGUAGUAUUAGUAACAGGAGUCUCCUAUAUGAUAACUUACGAAUACAAAUGGUGAAAUUUUUACGAUAAAAAACAAACGUCGACGUGUAAAUGUACAUAAAAAGAUACGUACAAAGGCGAAACGACAUUUAAAAAAUUCAAUCUUCUUUUUCAUCAUCGUCGCUAUUGUAAAUUUCAUUCGUCCUUUCUUUCUUUUUUUUUUUUUUCUGUGGUUUUCUCAACGUUUUCACUUUUUUUCAGCUUGUUUUUACUCGAACAACUUUUCUUUAAUAUCUAAGAGACGUUAACUAUUUCCCGUAAAAAUUUCCACAAAUUAAAAGCAGUCAGACUUUCUAUUUCUACGUAAAAAACGCAUGCACUGUGCCCGCCUCUGGGAUGCACUUAGCUCUGUAUUUUCCAUUUUCCGCGCUCCGUCUCUCAUUCUCUCUUUCGCUCGCACGCUCCGCCAUACAUUUUCGACCAUUCGAACACACGUACGAACAUAAACACGCACACAGAACAAAGAACACGAAAGCACACUCACGCACACACGCAAGCCCUCUGUUACUCGAUUUUCUUCUGCCUGCCACUUUGUCCCUCCAUUUUGCUAUUUCUUUCUUGCGUGUAAACUUUCUAUCUCUUUCUCGUCUCCAAGAUCUCGUUAAAAAAAUAAAAAAAUAUCUUCUUUCCUCUGGUUCCGCGAUAACUUUCGCUCCUGGCAAAUUCCCAUUUUGUCCAUUGUUUUCUCCUCGUUUCUCUCGCACUCCCUCUCGUUCUCUCUUUCCGCAUUCUUACUACUGUUAUACCCGUCCGCUUUCAUUCGUCCGAUAACAACAUUGCACGGCUCCCAGCUCCAAACUUAUACUGUCUUAUAGCCUUAUCACGUUUUACGCUCUAAGUGUCUCCGUUAAACAUAUACACGUACAUACAUUGAACUUAUCGCUGUACCGCAUUUCCAUUGAACGCAUCCAGACUGUUUGUAGCUGCGUGGUUCACGCGUACCGCGAACGCGAUCGUAUUUUGCCCCGUACAAUCUAUCGAUGGCGCGCUACGAUCCGGCUGCCAAGGAACAGGGUAGCAGAAAUCGUUCUGUAGGCGAGUGACUGUAGAGUGGCAACGAAUACGAUGUUCGGCUUUCUUAUCGAAGAAGGCUGUAUCACGCCGUCUCUUUUUCAACGCCAAACACUCUGGUGCCCGUCGACGCGAUGCGAUCCUUCGACCUCGGGUCAGACACGCUGCCCAUCCUUCCAAGGGAAGCUACGCUGACAACGUACCUGUGCGAGAUCGAUCAUAGAACGUAACUCGAGGAUCGAAGAACGGAUCGCAGCGAUGAUCGUCCGUUCGGAGGAUCUUUCGAGCGGUCCAAGUCGACGCGUUGCGGACAUUCUUCGACGAUCGACGAUCGCGUUGCUGACCCGAGAUCGCGAUACGAUUUGACGUAUCGAAGGCAACGCGCAAAGACGUAAUUCCUUAUCGGCGUCGGACCAACGGUUUCGGCCACUUUUGCUUGGACAGAGAUCUCGAUCGAUGCGCGAUGCUUGCGUAUAUUACAAGCAAUUAUUCCAAGAACGUUACUUCCAAACGAUCUACGGAUCGCAUUUAUAUCUGACGCUUACAGGAUAUUCCAGCUUUAACGAGACUCGAGUUUCUCAUUUAUCGUUGCGCUCUGGUUUUCGCAUCGAAAGUACUCUCUUACCGGCUUUUGUUCUCUGUACGCGUGCCGAUCUGUACGUUUCCUAACGUGCACAUGUCCAUGUAUACAUCAGAUGUACAAAUAUGUUCAACUGUUCUUUGGUACAUGCAGAUAUAUGCGUACAUCUACAGUAGACACUCUAAUAGUAGUAGUGGUAGUAGAAGUAGUAGUAGUAAUAGUAAUAGUAAGAGUAAUAGUAUUACUACUACUACUACUAGUAGUAGUAGUAGUAGUAGUAGUAGUAGUAGUAGUAAUAGUAGCAGUAAUAGUGGUAGUGGUAGAAGUAGUAUCAGUAGUAGUAGUAAUAGUAGUAGUAGUAGUAGUAGUAGUAGUAGUAGUAGUAGUAGUAGUAGUAGUAGUAGUAGUAGUAGUAGUAGUAGCAGUAGUAGUAGUAGUAGUAGUAGCAGUAGCAGUAGAAGUGGUGGUGGUAGUAGUAGUAGUAGUAGUAGUAGUAGUAGUAGUAGUUGUAGUAGUGUAGUAGUAGUAGUAGUAGUAGUAGUAGUAGUAGUAGUAGUAGUAAUAGUAGCAGCAGCAGCAGUAGUAGUAAUAGUAGUAGUAGUAGUAGUAGUAGCAGUAGUAGUAGUAGUAAUAGUAGUAGUAGUAAUAGACGUAGCAAUAGAAAUAGCAGUAAUGGUAAUAGUAAUGGUAGUAAUAAUAAUAAUAAUCAUUACCGUCUUCGUAAUCAUAAUAAUUAUAGUAGUAGUAGUAGCGGCAUUAGCAGCAGUAAUAAUAAUAAUCGUAAUAAUAAUAAUGGUAAUAGUGCUAAUGAUAGUAAUAGUAAUAAAGGUAAUGAUAAUUAGUAAUCGAAUAAUAGUAAUGACGAUAAUGACAAUUGCAAAAAUAACAGCGACUAUAUUGAUUGCGUUAAAAACAUUAUCAACUAGUAGUAAUGCGUUUCGUAGCGAACGUAUAUCGUAUGUAACAAAAAUAGAGAAAUUUGGAGAACGAUGAAAGGAAAGGCGACUGAACGAUCGCUUGCCUUUCGCUAGGACUUCGAAAAGAAGGAAAAGAGAAAACGAACAAAAUACGAAGGUACGAAAGAUGAUGCGUUUUCGCGCGGAGCGAAAGAAGACCGCGCAACGGUUUAACGGAGGUUCGCCUUCGUCCACGUACUUGAUCGGUCAUUCGCAAAUUCGAAGAAGGAAAGGAAUCGUUUCGUGGGCGCGCGAACUUUCCGCAGUCCGUCGCCUUCGAUCGUCCGCGUUUUAUCUGCGAGGUAUGGCUCGAGUUAAAAAAAAAAAAAAAAGAAAAAAAAAAGAAAAAGAAGAAAAGAAAA